UUCAGAUUGAAGUAGAUUUUGCAGAGAGUACACUAAUUUAGAAACAUGUUUUGCUCAUUGUACAGAAUACUUUGGCAUUUAUAUUCCCAAGAGAAAUUUAUUUUCGAUAUUUCUUCAUAUUUACAUUUAAAACACUAUUGAUGAGGGAAUGUAUUUUUCACAGUUUUAUGGCAGAAUACUUCUUUAAUCAGUUAAAAAUUUUUGAAUAUUUAACAUUUACUCUGGAAAAUAAGAAGCUAAUUAGUACAACUACAAAUAAGUCAAAUCUAAUUGUUAUUUUUAUCAAGUUCAUAAUAAGCUUAAAAAUGUUGUACACAACAUCAUUGAUGAAAUAUAUUCCAAAAACUUUUAACAAAGUGGAUCAAGACAAAUACAUAUUCUCUUCAACACCAGAUAUACCUCGUGAUACAAAUCGUAGCCGAGAUAUUUUCAGUUUAGUAAAGAAACGUUCAGCACAAGAAAAAGAGGUUUGUCCACGUCAUAAACUUUAUCAUCAUGAUCCACAAUGUCAUCACUAUCAUAAUCGUUUUGAACAGCAUCACCGGAGUAGUAGUAACCGAAAUGCUAACUGUCAACAACAAAUUUGUGUUGGCCGUGCAGCCAGCACGUCUAAAUCUCCAUUAGUCAAUAGAAAAUCAAUAAGUAAACAACUUUCUUUACCAAAUGAUUGUCGAGAUGAAGAGAACUCAUUUUAUUCCUCAAACACAUGCCUACGCAGUAGAUCUUAUUUCGAUGAUAAAACUGAGCCUGAAUUAAGCAUACAUGAUAAAGAAGCUCACUCAAAUAGUAGUAUAUAUGACGUAAAUGAAUGCUCAACAAGACCUACAUCCUGCUACUUACCUGAAUACCAGUUAGGACUAAGUAAAAUAUGUCACACGCCAUUGAGUCAUGCAAAAUCUUUUGGAGGGAUAAAUACAGACGUUACAUCACCUACCGAAUGUCUCUCCAGUCCUAUUUUAUCAUCAAAUCAAUCACAAAUAAAAUAUAUUGACGAAAAAGAUACAAGUGGACUAUUUGAUGAUGUAAGCAAGCAUUCAUUCAAUGACCGAUUGCUAUACUUUCCCACGAUAAAUAAUCGUAUAAUGUCAACAAGUUCUUCAAAAGGGCUCCUCUAUUCAAAGAUAAAUCAAACAGAUACAGUAACUGACCACCCCAGUAAUACUGUGAUUAACACAAAUAGUGUAAUGCCUAAAAAAGAGUUGAAAUUUGCUGUACCUGAUUUUUUAACGCCUAUUAUUGACCGUCGGCCUUCAUCAAAUCGAGUGAAUGUCAAACAGCUAAGUGAGACAACAGUCAAUCUUGACGAUAAAAUUAUGAAAAGACGAAGAACCAUGAAAGAACGCUUUAAAGAUUUACAAACAGAUUUUGAUAGCAAAAAAAUGUGGCAUAAAUUAAAUAAACUGCAUAAUUCCAAACAUGCUAAAUAUCUGUCCAGUGCACGAUCAGGGUCAAGUAUGCUAAUAUCAGCAGAUGACACUGAACAUAAAGAGUCACCUUCACGGUCUAGUAAUACUUCAUGUGAUGAUUGUCGACGAGUGACAAUAAAUGUUAGCGGUUUGAAGUUUGAAACAUGGCUGACUGUUCUUGAACGUCAUCCAACAACCCUACUUGGCAACUGUGAUAAACGCAAACCAUUCUAUGAUGAAUAUCGAAAAGAAUACUUUUUCGACAGACAUCGACCAAGUUUUGAGGCAAUUUUUAAUUAUUAUCAAUAUGGUGGCAGACUUAAACGUCCAGCCACAGUGUCAGAUGAUGUCUUUCUUGCAGAGUUGGAAUUUUUUCAAAUCGAGUCAGAAGCUUUAGAUGUAUAUAAGAAAAAUGAAGGUUAUGUGCCAGAUAUUAUUGUUUUACCAGAGGAUCAUUUAAAACGAAAGUUAUGGAUGUUAUUUGAAUAUCCAGAAACAUCAGUACUGGCGUUUAGUUUUUCCAUAGCAUCUUUUAUUUUCACUGUAAUUUCUAUUAUAUUAUUUUGUAUAGAAACAUUGCCUGUCUAUUCUCAGACACACUGUGAGCCUGGAGCUAGACCAAAUUUUCGUGAUCCAUUUUUUAUUAUUGAAACAUUGUGUACAUUAUGGUUUACUGUAGAAAUUUUUAUACGAUUUUUUAGUUGUCCAAGUCAAAAAGCAUUUAUCAAGGAUAUUAAAAAUUUAAUUGAUUUAGCCGCUAUUGUACCAUAUUAUAUUACAUUGUUCAAUGUUCUAAUAACAUUCAGUUGUGAAGGUGCAAAAAAUAGUGCCAGUUUAGCAUUUCUACGCGUUAUACGUUUAAUUCGUGUAUUUAAAUUAACAAAACACUCAUCUGGUCUACAGGUUCUUGUGUUAACAUUUAAAGAAAGUGUAGAAGGAUUAAGUUUAUUUCUUGUUGCAUUUAUUGUUUGUAUUUUAGUAUUUUCAAGUACAAUUUAUUAUGUUGAAAUUGAUAGAAAAGGCUCUCAAAUUGAAAGUAUACCAGAUGCAUUUUGGUGGGCUGUUAUUACAAUGUGUACAGUCGGUUAUGGAGAUAAAGUGCCAAAAGGACCAUUAGGUAAAGUUGUCGGUAGUGUAUGCGCUGUAGCUGGAGUACUUACUCUGGCUAUACCAGUUCCUAUUAUUACAGAAAAUUUUAAUAAAUUUUAUGCACAUAAAACCGGUCGAGGAAGAAGAUGAUGCAAUUGAUUUUUAUCUUUUUUUAUAUUCAUCCUCAGCAUUGAUUACUCUUGUAGGAUUUCUUCACCUUGAACAAUAUAUCUUUCAUUUCAUACACUACACAUACCAUCAUUAUUCAUUCGCGAUUAAACGAAUGCUAUUCAUUGAAUCUAAUUACUCAUAUGGACUAAAGACUGAACUUAAUCCAAGAUUUAUUCAUGCUCCAUUGACAACUUAACACAUAUUACUACAUUUUAGUAUGUAUAAUGACAUAAUAUCAUCUUGAAGAAGAAUUAACAACUGUAAGUCAAUUUUUUCUCACCAUUAUCAACAAAGUUUAUUACAAUUUCUUCAUAAAAAUCAAUUUAUUGCUCAGUUUAGACCAUUCGUAGAUGAAAUUAUUAUUAUUAUCAAACAGUAAAUGAACAUACCACUCAUAUAUAUAUGUAUAUAUUUAAUCCUUUUUUCUCGUUUCUACUUUCUCUCUUUUUAUUUCCUAUUUCCUACACUUUUGUUCAAUAUUCAAUGGUUGAACAUUGAACAAAUCUUCGACCUACAAAAAUUGUAUAUUUAUUGACAAUAAUUGCCUGUUUUAGAUAGUUUUUUGUACAUAUAUAUCUAUAUAAAUGGAUUAAGGUAGAAAGAAGUUAUCAUAAUAAACAAAACAGAACUAUUUGUAAUGUAGAUUUAUUUUAGAUGAAUACAGAAUUGCUAAAUAUUUUUUUAUAUACAUACAAUUACAAAAUUCAUGUAGAUAUUUUUGUGCAUAAAACUUUUCUCAAAAUAUUAAUACGUCCAGUAGUACUUUAUAAAUACA